UCCUGAAUAGAUGACGAUGUAGCUAUAUGACUGGGACAUAAUUAAAAGAAUAUAUACUUCCAAUACGGCCCGGCGAUCGAUUUCAUAUACUCUAAAUUUUUGGUUAUUGAAGCUGAAUCACACACGGAUUCGAAAAGUGCUCAAGGUAGACCCUUACAUCCAACAUUCAGCCCUGAUUGAAUGCCCACUAAUUUAUCGUCACCACAUGGAACCCAUUCCCUCUGUUGAACACAUGAAGACCCUUCCCGACCACUUUAAUUGGACAAAUUAGUACUGAUGUGUGACCAAAGCGCAGAGAUGCCUGGGGGUGACAGCGGUCCAGAUGGGGAGGAGCCUGCAUUACCGUCAGCUGCAGGAGAAGGCGAAGGGGAGGAGAGGGUGACGUCAGGGCAGCAGGACGGAGGGGUGCAGUCCCAGGGCCUGAGGGGAGAGGAGAGCGGAGCUUCAGGUGGAGAAGUGGGGCAGGAAGAUGAGGAGAUGACUAGCGGUUCACAUGACCUCUCUUCGUCAGCCAAUCACAGCCCUGGGAGCGCCACUGGAUCCACCUCAGUUUCAACCAAGAGCAGUGAGCAUGCUGGCGAUGGCAAAGGGCAGGCCCACAGAGAACUGAUGAUCACUGUGGCUGAGAUGAAGAAGAGGCUUCCUUCAGACCAACGCAGUCGCAGCAAAGCCAGCACUGUGGAGGCCUUACAUUAUGCACUUAACUGUGUCAAACAAGUGCAAGCCAAUAGCGAAUACUAUAAACUGCUGAUGAGGAAUGGCCAGGAUGAGAGGAGAGAUACCACUGUUUGCACCCUGGAAGAGUUGGAAAGAGUCACCUCUGAACACACCCUUAAAAACACGGACUCCUUCGUGGUGGUUUUCUCCCUGUCGAGCGGCCGCGUGUGGUAUGCGUCGGAGCAGGCUCCCAGCAUCCUGUGCUGCAAGAGGAAGUUCCUGGAGUCGGCCAAAUUUGUAGAGCUGCUCUUUCACCAAGACGUUAAUGUCUUCUACGCACACACGGCUCAGCCGCACCUCCCACCCUGGAGCAACUCACACACAGCAGGGGUUCUGUUUGACUGUGCCCAGGUCAAGUCAUUCUUCUGCAGAAUCAGGGGUGGGAAGGACCGUGAGGGUGAGAUGCGCUACAACCCAUUCCGAAUCACACCUUACCUGCUGAAGGUGCAAGGAACAGGAAGCAGUGGGGGAGAGGAGGAGCCGUGCUGUCUGGCACUGGCUGAACGCAUCAUAUCUGGAUAUGAAGCACCUCGGAUCCCCAUGGACAAGCGCAUCUUCACCACCACACACUCCCCUGGCUGUGUGUUUCUGGAAGUGGAUGACAGGGCUGUGCCAUUGCUAGGAUACCUUCCUCAGGAUCUGAUUGGCACAUCUAUGCUGACUAGCAUUCACCCAGAGGACCGGCCUCUCAUGCUGUCUAUGCACCGGAAAGUGUUGAAGUAUGCGGGCCAGUCCCCAUUUGAGCACUCUCCGGUGCGUCUGCGCUGUCAGAAUGGAGACUACAUCACCUUGGACACCAGCUGGUCCAGCUUCAUCAACCCAUGGAGCCGCAAGGUGGCUUUUAUCAUCGGACGGCAUAAAGUCAGGACGAGUCCACUGAAUGAGGAUGUGUUUGCUGCUCGUGCUAAGGAAGAUUUUCCAGUUGCUCAUGAGGAAAUAAAAGAUCUGCAAGCAAAGAUCUAUAAGCUUUUCCUGCAGCCGGUUCACAACAAUGGUUCCAGUGGUUACGGCAGCUUGGGAAGCAAUGGCUCUCAUGAGCAUUACAUCAGCGUAGCUUCUUCAAGUGACAGCAACGGUAACCUAUGGGAGGACUCACACCGGGAACCGAUGACUUUGCAGCAGAUCUGUGCUGAUGUGAACAGAGUGAAGAGUUGGGGGAGGCAGGCUUAUCUGGAUCCCAGCCACAAAAUUGCUCUUCUAGGCAAACCUGCCACAGCACGUCUGCCUCCUGCAGCCUCCAACCCUGAAGUCAGAGAUCAUGAAGAAAGCAGGAAGCAAACUCACAUUCCCUCUUAUCAGCAAAUCAACUGCGUAGACAACAUCAUCAGAUAUUUGGAGAGCUGUACAGGUCCGGCCCUUAAACGUAAGAGUGAAUCUCAUUCCCUGGCCACCUCUUCAUCCUCAUCCUCUACCUCAGAAGACGACAAGCCGUCUGCAGCCGGUGACACGGCUCAGGCCAGCGCAGAUGUUGUGGUGUUGGACAGUGAGGUGUCAGUGGGCCCUUCAGCUGCGGCUGUAGUGGGAGCGCCUCUGACAGAUAUCACAAUGUCCACAAAGGCCAUGAGUGUGAUGUCAGUCACCAGCCAGUGUUCAUACAGCAGCACCAUUGUACAUGUGCCGCAGCCUGAGUCAGAGGCCACGGCACUGGAGGAUGCACCAAUGGGCAGUGAGCCUGCUGAUGCUGCUCCCAUCCCUGUCCGUCCAGCCCCGAGUCCUGCCACAGAGGAGCGAAGAUUUGUUGGCCUCACCAAAGAGGUGCUGUCAGCUCACACCCAGAAGGAGGAGCAAGAGUAUGUGGACCGCUUUCGCCAUCGUAUCCUCCAGAGCCCCUACAGUUCUUACCUGCAGCUGGACAACAGCUCGAUGGCUCACUCCCACCACCCAGGUGAUUACCUACGUCCAUUGAGUGCUGGUGGUUGGAACCGCUCUCGGAGAGGAAAGCCCAGACACAAGCGCCCCAAACCCCAGGGUUCCUCAGACAGUUAUGCCUCCCCACCUGGCCCCCCUCGCCGUGUCCCUGACUCUUCCUGGCCUUCCUCUGAGUCCUCCCAGCCCCAGAUGGGGGUGCCCUACAGCCAAACAUCCCCACUACAUGCACCAUUCUUCCCUAUGAUGGUGACUCAGCCUGGCCCAGAGCAACCGCCCAUGCCACAACAGGUGACUGGGGCAACUACUGUAGUCCUGCAGCCUCCAGACCAAACCCAGCCCAGUUACAACUUCAACAUUAUUCAGUCCAGUCAGAGCCUGCCAGACAUGCAACCAAUCCAGAUGGAGCCCAUUCAAAAUCUGCAGAAUAUCCAGAACUUUCAUACCAUGCAUCCCAUAGCUCCAACCCAGACCAUCAACCCUUACGUAGCUCCGGUCAUGGCUGUUAUCCUGCCCAACUGCCCGACUUUCAAUGCAGGUUACCCGUCCAUUUACCCACCGUCCACUCUCUCCAUGAUGCCCCAGACACCCAUCACCAUGACAGGCUUUGUCCCUGGCACUGCCCCCUUCCUGCAGCCUCAGUUCCAAGCCCAGCCAGGCCCCAACAUGACCUCCCCGGGCGCUCUGCUUUGCUCACCCAGAGCCAGCUCCUCUGUUGGGGAGGAAGAGGAGACAGCCGGACCUCGGGCUUUAUUUUCCAGCUCUCGCUCGAGUUCCCCUCUGCAGCUCAACCUGCUGCAGGAGGAGCUGCCCAAGCCGAGUGAAGGGCAGAGCAGCUCCGGGCACAACCACGCCGAGAGCCUCCACGAAAAACAUGCCAACGAGGGUGACGCCCCUAGUGAGGCUGGGAACCAUGAUGCCCAGUCUACAUCCAGUGAGCUGCUUGACCUGCUGCUGCAGGAGGAUGCCAGGUCUGGGACCGGCUCCAAUGCCUCAGGGUCUGGAUCAGGGGAGUCUGGAGGCUCACUGGGAUCUGGCUCUGGAUCUGGAUCCAAUGGAACCUCCACCUCUCACACUGGCAGCAGCAACAGUAGCAAAUACUUUGCCAGCAAUGAUUCAUCAGACACAUCGUGCAAAGCCCACAAGAGCCAGGAGGUUCCAGCAGAGCACCAACACAGCUUUGACACUCGGGUGGAGAACUCGAUGUGGAGCAUGAUCCAGCACACACCUGAGCGAGUCAUGAUGACAUACCAGAUCCACACCAGGGACCAGAAUGAGGUGUUAGCAGAGGACAGGGAGAAGCUUCGGGUGCUUCAGCCCCUCCAGCCUUGGUUUAGCCAGGAGCAGAGAGAGGAGCUAGCUGAGGUCCAUCCCUGGAUCCAGCAGCAUACUGUCCCACAGGAGAUAGAUACACAGGGUUGUGUGACCUGCAGCUCAGGAGCAGCAGUCGCCCACUCCCCUCAUCCACCUGCCCCAGAUAGCUCAUCCCUUUUGGAGAGCCCUCAGCAGGACUCCAUCGGACCUGUGGUGGACACUUGAGAGACCUGGAACCCAAAACAACCACCAACACCCAGUUCACAGCGAACCAGCCCUGCCAGAGACCCACUCAGAAAGUCCCACCAUGCAUCUCUUCUGACCAGUCCAGAGGAUUGGGUUCCUAUGCUUUAGGUUGAACUUUAACUUGUUUUUUUUUAAGGUAUUGGAUGCUGGACCACGCCCUGAGGAGCGGAGGAGGCGAGAGAGACAGCAUGUUCACUGGCAUUUUUUCUCAGUCGGCCUAAUGCGACCGCCUUUAUAGGACCAUGAAUAUUUUACCUCUCUUCUUGUGUUUAUAGAGCCCCUGUUGGGGUUUAGUGUGUAUUGAAGACUGACCAGAUCCUUCGGCACCAUGAGCCGCUUCAUGCUCACUAUAGGAAGAGGGUCCCGUGGUUGCUGAACAUGAGCACUGUGUACCCGCACCCAGUUUGUUGGAUGGGUGUGACUGGGUGACGAAACAAAGAUAGUGCUGGCCCAGUUUGAGUAUCAGAGCACACGCCUGACUCAUCUCCAGUCACAUGGCGUGCAGGUUGUACAGUACAACAUGUGUGUGUACCACAUCAACUCCUUCGAUCCACUUACCAUGGAUGACACAUAGUAGAUUUUUUUCCUGAUGGACACCAAGACAAAGACACAUUUGCUGCUCUCUGUUUAUAAUGUUCAGAUUCGAAUCUUGUAAGUUACUUGUUAUUGGAGUUUUUUCUCCUGUUCCUUAGAUUGGUUUCCUCUUGUCCAGAGCAUCAGUUUUUAUGUUACUCUGACUCACAAACAACAGCAAACAUGUUGAUCAUUUGAAAUUGAACUUAGUACAGCCACAUAAGUCCACCCCAGUACUUCAAACGUUCUGUAGUGACUCCUUUCCCCAGCCAGUAUCCUGUCUGGUCAUCACCCUACAGCACCUGUAGGUUACCUCUAAUUGUAAACAGACACAGCGGGGCCCCAAAUGUCCUCUGAUCCUGUAUUUACUUACUGAUUGAAUUUCCUCUUAGACUCUGCGUAGCUGUCUGUUUGACUGGCUGUGUGUUUGUGUGAAAGAGAGAGGCAGAGAGGAAUUGACAUUGAUGUUUGUACCUGAUUCAGAUUGCAGGUGAGCUUGUGAAUGUAUGCGUGCGUGUACGCACUGACCGAUUGUGAGCUGCUUCCUUCAACACAGUUGUUCAAGAGUGUAGGACAGACCAGGGUUUUCUACCGUUUUUAGAUCGAAAGUAUAUUACAGUACCAUGUAUUUUAUAGAAAAUGUACACAAAACAAACUUCACAAAAUGUAUAAAAAGCCAUUUGUCUUGAUUUCAGGGACUGUUUGUUUGUGACACAAAGGAAUGAAUAAAAGAGCUAUGACCUAA